CAUCCGCACAGGGGACAAGAGACCAGACAGAAUUGAGACGUCAAGCACCCAUCCUAGUUCAAGCAAAAAACCAGACGCAGCGAUGCACGGCAAGAGCGUGGUCCUCCGCAGCUCCGGGACGCUGUCUGCAGCUGAACUGGGCUGCCAGGUGUCCGAGAAGGAUACGACACGGAAGGAAUCGUUCACUGCUGAAUGGAAAGACCUGUCGCUCACCACUAGGCCUGAAGAAGGCUGGUCUCGGUUUGAGGCAGACAAACGGCAUCGAGAGACCUAUCACCAGCAGCAGGAGGCCCGGGUCAUCGUGCAGCGGUCACCAUGGGGCAUCCUCCGCCUGGGUCUGCUGGGGGAGCCUCUGGCCUCCUACCACCUGCCAUAUCAGCGGCCCUUGCCCUUGCCUAUCUUCACACCCAGCAGGCUGAGCACCAAGGCUGAGCGGGAGUUUACGCCCACUCCCUCGGAGUCCGUGGAGUCGCUGCCACCAGCCGGCGUGUGCCCCGACAAGACACCUCUGGCCGAGAUCACCAAAGAAUUGCCACCCGUCAUCCAACCCAGCUGCCCCGACUUCAAAAAAGCUGGCCUGCCCCGUUCCUUGUCCCGCUCCAUGUCUCAGGAGGCCCAGAGAGGCUGAGGCCGUGGGCCACCCCCAGCACAACAACUUCCCUUGUCGGAACUGGCUUGGAUGCCUCGGGCCUUUGCAUCGGUUGCUGCAUGAGGACUGUCUAGAGGGGCCCAAAGCUGUAGAAAAGACUUGGUAGGAUUGAACCCAUCUUGGUUAACCCUUUUGGGGGGAGGGGGCGAAGACGGUGGCUGUAUCUGUGUGUGCAUAUAGUUCAUUAGAUGUACAGUGCCAUGUGCACCUGUACCUCCAGUGCUUGCCUUUCUGCACUGAGUAUUUUUUAAGACUGCCUCCCUGGGGGCGGAGGGGGAGCCCGUUGGACUGGAGGAGAAAGAGGCAAAGCCAGCGUGCUCAACUCCUAAAGUUCCAGGGUGUGGAAAUGAAUUGGAAGAAUAAAUGGUUAAGGCGGAGGAGGAUGGGAGCCGUACUUCCUGCCUUUAGCAGGAGAGAGCUAGGGCAAGACUCCUCCCAAGUUCUGGCUUUGGAAAAGGGAGAAAAGUGUCUAGCGGGUUGCAGCAAGUGAGAUAAUUUGUGAGAAGCUGGUGACAUUCUUGGUUCUGUUAGGGUUCUUGAUUCUGUCACAGUCAGGGACUAGAAAGAGUGAGAGGAUGACGUCUGGGGUCCCCCAACCCCAUUUCUCAGCUCCGUGACUUGGGGCACGGGACUCCUUGUCACCGUGAAAUGUCCCAAUGAAGGAACAUGUGUCAUGUGAAGUGAGGAACAACCGCACUUUGGGAAGGG